AUGUAUGCAACAGUCACCGAGAGCAACAUGCAUUUACAUUACGAACAGCGAACAAUACGUACUUGUCAAAGACUCGUGAUAUGUAUAUGUAUUCUUGUAACAACGAUCUCUUUCAUCUAUUUUCUCUUUCAAAAUCAACGAGUCAAUUCAUUAUGGACACCUGUUCACGUCUGGUAUACACCAGAACAAAGAAUUAAACGACCGACUUAUGUUAAUCGUGAUCAUGGAUUUUGUGGUCCCUGUCCUACACAUAAACUUUCAUCUGAUGCAUGGCAAUUAAUUGAUCUUGUUCAACGUCUUGCUCCGAGAAAUCCAUUUCUCAUCAACAUUGGGGCCGCAUCAAAUUGCGGCGGCCGUUUUGAUCCGACUUAUCCUAUGCUUACAAAGAUUAAUUCGACGUUCGGUGCACUUCUGAUUGAUCCCAAUCCGAAUCCUAGUCUUUUCUCUGCAUAUCCAAAUCGAACAAAUAUUCGUAUAACACAUGAUUAUAUUUGGACAGAAACAGUCGUCGAAAAUAUAUUUAAGAAAUACAACAUUUCAAAACAAUUCACUGUUCUCAAAAUCGAUAUCGAUUCGUAUGAAUGUUCGGUUCUUGAAAGUAUUCUUCAAGCUGGCUAUCGUCCUCAAUUAAUUCAUACAGAAUUCAAUCCAGUUUUUCCACCACCUGUGAUUUUCAAGCCAAUUUACAAUCCUCUAGUGAAAAAUGACUGGCAGCCUGCACUUUGGGCAAGUAAUAGUCCAUUUUAUGGGUGUAGUUUAACGGCACUUUCACAAUUACUUCUUUCGUUUGAUUACAUACUUGUCGAAGUGGACUUUUGGGAUGUAAUUUAUAUCGAACGAGAAUUAGUUCGAUCACUUGGAAUUCAGAUUCCUGUUAACGAUCAAGCUGCCUAUGAUUAUGGGUUUCUCGGUCAUUCAUGUCUUCCAUAUUGUCGUCAAAAUGUAAAACUGUACAAUAAUCAGAUCGAAAAUGGUAUUAGAUCCGCAAUAAAUCAGUCGAACUUUACCAAACAUAUGAAAACUAUACUCGAUCAUUAUGCACCAAUAUCAUUAAAAACAAAAUCUAAACAUCCAUAUGAAAUAACUGUAUAA